AUCUCCAUCUUUUCAAACAUCAACCCCAACCUUCCCAUUUUCAUCACCCAAACUAUUCUUCUUCCAUUCAUUCUUCACCGAAUAACCCAUUUCCUGAAUCACCUUUUUCUUUUCUUUUCCAUUUUCCUCCCUAAUUUCAGGUUGAUUUUUGUUCUUCUACUGUUGGAGACUGGUAACCAGCAAUUUGUUGUUAGUUUUCUGUGAAAAAGAAAAAAAAACCUUUGUUGUGUUAGGUGGAGGAUAUAAUUCUCUGCUACAAGAACUGAUGCUAAGUGUAUAGCAUGGACUCUCAUCAACUCUUUGGAUUUGGGGUUAAUAGUGCUGCUGGUCUUUCAUUUACAUCUCCCUGUUCCUCCGUUCCUUCUUUACCUAAUACUUUGCUUGGACCCUUGAAAUUCAAUUUAAGUAGUUCCCCGGCUUUGUCUCCUCUAUUCUCUUCGCAUUUUGAAUUCGAUUCCUUUACGACGACGACUGUGAGUGGUAGUCCGGAUCAAAGAAACUCCCCAGAUAAUCUCUCUGGACUUAGCCCUUCUUGUAAUUCGUCCUUUGAAACCAGUAGCUUUAAUCAAAUAGCUUCAUCGUAUUUGGAUCAUUUUGAGGACGAGAGUCGGCAAUUGCAUUCGGGGUCGAAUGCGUUUGUUUAUGACGGAUACUCCGCUGAGAACAUAAGCUACACUUUGAAACAAUUGGAGAGUGUUCUGAUGGGGCCGGAUAAUGAGGAAGUUGUGAGCAAGCCUGAUGUUUCGUUUGGAGUGAGUGGCAGGCCACAGAUGAUGGGGCAGAGGUCUUACUCAUGGAGCCAAGAUCGACGUGGUGGGUCCUAUGGUGUUCAGUCUCAGGCGUCGCCAGUGUCAAGAAGCCAGCAAUCCGAGGCAGUUCACUUGGGGAAACGACAGAAAUCGAUGGAUGAAUCAUUGUUGCAGCAGCAGGGAGGAUUGCCAUCGGAUAAUUUGAAAGACUUGUUGAUUGCUUGUGCAAAAGCUUUAUCUGAAAACAGGAUGAAGGAUUUUGAUAACUUGGUUGCUACAGCAAGAGGCGCCGUGUCUAUUGGUGGAGAGCCAAUCCAGCGUCUUGGCGCUUACAUGGUGGAAGGGUUGGUGGCCAGGAAAGAGGAGUCGGGGGCAAAUAUAUAUCGAGCUCUCAACUGUAGGGAGCCUGCCAGUGAUGAUUUGCUAUCUUAUAUGCAUAUGCUAUAUGAAAUCUGCCCCUACUUGAAGUUCGGUUACAUGGCAGCGAACGGGGCGAUUGCCGAAGCCUGUAGAAACGAAGACCGCAUCCACAUCAUAGACUUCCAGAUUACUCAGGGGACGCAGUGGUUAACUCUUCUUCAGGCACUUGCAGCAAGGCCUAGUGGGGCUCCCCAUGUGAGAAUAACUGGUAUUGAUGACCCUGUGUCUAAAUAUGCCCGUGGCGAUGGGUUGGAGGUCGUGGAGAAGCGGUUGGCCGAAAUCUCUAUGAAGUAUGGAAUACCAGUGGAGUUUCAUGGAAUGCCUGUUUUUGCUCCAGACAUCACGCGUGAUAUGCUCGACAUCAGACCCGGGGAGGCUUUGGCUGUAAACUUCCCAUUGCAACUUCAUCAUACCCCGGAUGAAAGCGUGGAUGUGAACAAUCCACGCGACGGUCUGCUACGGAUGGUGAAGUCAUUAUCUCCAAAGGUAGUAACUUUGGUAGAGCAAGAAUCAAACACCAACACAACCCCUUUCUUCAACAGGUUUUUGGAAACUUUAGAUUACUACAUAGCAAUCUUCGAGUCCAUUGAUGUCACUCUACCAAGGAACAGCAAGAAGCGCAUCAAUGUUGAGCAACAUUGUUUGGCCAAAGAUAUUGUUAAUGUCAUCGCCUGUGAGGGGAGGGAUCGAGAAGAGCGCCAUGAGCUCUUUGGCAAGUGGAAAUCGAGGUUGACAAUGGCAGGGUUCCGCCAGUCCCCAUUGAGCUCUUACGUCAACUCUGUCAUUAGGAGUCUGCUCAAGUAUUAUUCGGACCAUUACACGCUGGUCGAAAAGGAUGGAGCUAUGCUGCUGGGAUGGAAAAACAGGAACCUGAUAUCUGCCUCGGCUUGGUAUUAAGUGCAUGAGAUUGGAGCAAAACGAAGACCGAGCUUGUGAGAAUGGGUUAUCGGUGGCUCGUUGACAGGCUCGCUCGGAUGUGAAGCUGCUGAUAUCAACCAUUGGGCUGACCAGGACAUUCAAGUUAAUACUGUGCACAAGACAAUUGAUGUCUAAUUUGUGUUUAUGUGCAAGAAGUGUAAUUUUAUUAAGGUCUUUUACAGCUUUUGGACAUAAGAAUCCAUUGUUCAAUAGUGUAAUUUUAGUUUACAUAUAUAUUUUUUUGUGUACUUCCAACAAAAAAUUGUUGAAGAAAUAGUUUUAUUUGAAGACGAAAUACACCUUUCAUUUCAAAUCAA